AUGUAUGAAGAUUAUUUUUCCAUCGAUGAUAUUUUAUCAACUCAAGAACGUAUUCGUUGUCAAUUACUUGUUGACAUACCAAAGUUAGGUUUUCUCGAAUCUUCAUUGUCUUCAUCAUUAAGCGAUGAUAAAAAGGAUCAAAAAGAAGGAUCAAAUCUUUCAUCAUUAACAGCAAAUACAAAACUUGAACUUCCUUACUGGAUGGUUUAUUCAAUAUGUAAUUGUAAAACAAGAUUUGCUUCACUACCUGAAUUACCAUCAAUAUAUGCACGAAUUCAACGACAAAUCUUUGAUGCUGACGCAUCUGUCGUGGAUUUAGCUAAACAAGCUCCACAUUUCUAUCGUCAAGGACGUCAUUUAUUAGAAUUAAAUUUUGAUGAAAAAAGACAAGUUGCAACAACACUUUUAAAAACAUAUCAACAGAGAUUUCGAUCAAUUAUGGAUUCAGCCUUUCAUUUAGUCUUAUCGAAUGAUCAUCACCAUCAUGAAAGUAUGAAACAAAAAACAGCAAAAUUUGAAAGACAAGAAAAAAUUGUAUUGCUACUGGGUCAAGCUGCUUUUCGUGAUUAUGAUAGACUGAUUAAUAAUGAAACAAGACAAAUGUUACCACCAAAAAUUCAAGGAAUGACAAACGAUCUGACUAAUGUUCUUGCUGCGGCAAUUAAUCGAAAAAGAAAGAGAUAA